AUGUACACCUCUGCUUCGGAGUACGUCAUUGACUUCGGCGCCCUCAAGGCUGACUUCUUAUCUUACGACAGCAUGAACAGCUGGUAUGGCAUCCGAUAUGCCCAGCCACCAACUGGUGCACUUCGUUGGAUACCGCCGCAGGACAUUGAAAAGAAGAACAACUAUGCCAGCAUGGGCGCGAUGAAUGCAACCGUGCUUGGGCCUGAGUGUACCCAAGGUGUACCCUAUUGGUCCAGCCCGAACGGCACUUUCACCUUCCCACCCGCUGGUCAAGAGGAUUGGUUGCCGGCGUACAAGCUCAUGUUCUAUGCGGGAACUGAACUUCAUGGUGCGACAGGUGGAUCCGUGUACAAUACGCUCUCCGCUAAUGCAACCACGGGAUACAACGCCACCAUCGGAGCGUACAUGAAAUAUUGGUACCUCUCUUUUAACACCCACUCGGACCCGAACGCUGUCAGCUACUCGGGGAUGGACAAGCCCAACUGGCCGUCGUACAACAAUGGGACGAGCUUCAACUUCCCUGCUAUGCAGGUGAACUAUACGCAGAUCGGUGUUGUCCAUGACUGGGACGCUAGCACGCAAUGUGAUUUCUUCCACGGGAUGUCUUACGUUGUCAGGAACUAA